AUGACUUUGAAUUUUCAAGAAAUAUGCUAUUGUAAAGGACAUUUGGUGGGGAGAUUUCACAGGUUGUAUAAUUUGUCUCAAAACAAAUAUGCUAUUGUAAAGGAGUUGGGGGGGUGGAGACAUGGCAGGUGGGAGUGGAAUUUUAAAUGGAGAAGGGCGUUGCGUGGGAGGGAGGAGUUGUGGUUUGAUACCCUGUUGAAUAUUAUUAAUAAUGGUAGUUUGCAGGAGGGGAGGCCGGAUAGAUGGUUGUGGGAGCCAGGGGAGGAGGGUGCUUAUUCAGUUAACUCAGCUUAUUCUUUUUUGCAGGUGAGUGAUUUAGGAGUGUCUGACAUCGAUUUUCAAUCAAUCUGGUAUGCAUUUGCUCCCUCAAAGGUCAAAGCUUUUGCUUGGCGCAUGCUGCUAAAUCGGAUCCCGACUAAGGUGAAUUUAAGGAGGAGAGGUGUCAUUCCGGCAGAGGUGGAGGUAUUAUGUCCUUUUUAUAAUCGUAUAGAAGAGUGUUGUGAUCAUUUGUUCUGUACGUGCUCACGGUCUUUUGAUGUCUGGAAUGCUGUCUAUCGGUGGUUGGGGUUUGAAACUGUAUUGCCAUCUUCAUCAGAAUCAGUUUUUAGCCAGUUCUCCUUUGUUGGCAGAAACAAGAAACAACGACUUGCUGAGGUAACAGUGUGGAUGGCGUCUUGCUGGUCCUUGUGGAUAACUCGUAACAGUGUUAUUUUCAAGGAUGGUGUUUGGGACGGUGGUUUGGUUGUGGAAUUAAUCCAGGUUCGAACUUGGCAUUGGUUAAAAGAGAAAGUGAGGGAGUUUCAUUAUUCAUUAUAUGAAUGGAAGUCAAAUCCGGUCAUAUGCCUCUCUUCUCUUUGA